AUGCCGGACUGGUCCCGGCUGCGCGCCGGCCCCAGCGACCCCCGGAAUCCUCCAGUAAGCCCCAACCCUCUACCUGCGCUCGCUGCCGCCCCCUCCCCACCAUUCCCAUUCCCGCGCCCCCCGCCCCAAUUCCCGCCCCCCUCGGGGGGUCCUGGACGCCUCGGGCUCGUUCCGGGUCUUCUGGGACGUUCUGGGCGCCCCCCGGGCUGGGCCCGCGCCCCCCGCCCCGAGCUGGUGCUGGCGGCGCACGGGACCCCCGGGCGGGCGGCGGCGGCGCUGGGCGGGGGUCUCCAAAAAGGGGAGGGGUCCUGGGAGGGGCCGCUGUCCCUGGCCGUGUUUGGGGAGCCCCGGGGGGGGCUCCAGGAGCUGCUCGGGGUCCUGGCGGGGCCGUGCCGGGCGCUGAGGGGGCGGCUCCGGCUGCAGGUGGUGCAGGGGGCGGCGCGACCCCCGCCCCGAAUCCCGGCAGCGCCCCCUCCCCAGCCGUGGCGCGGGGGGUGCCGGGGGGCGCUGGCCCGGCUGGCGGCCGCCGACCCCCCCAGUUACGCUCUGGGGGCGCCGUACCCCGGCAAUCUGCUCCGCAACGUGGCCUGGCAGGGCGCGGCGGGCGGCGGGCCCGGGCCGAGACCCCCGCCCCAAUUCUGGCAGCGCUUCGUUCUCGUGGUGGACGCGGACGUGGAGCCGAGCCCGGGGCUGCGCGAGGGGUUCCUGGAGCUGCUGCGGGGCGGGGGGCUGGACCCCCAAAACUGGGGACGGGACCCCCAAAACUGGGGACGGGACCCCCGGAACUGGGGACGGGAACCCCAGAACUGGGGGGGACAGGAGCCCAAAAGCUGGGGGGGACAGGGGGACCCCAAAGCUCCAGGGUCUUGGGGGGUUUUGAGGACUCAGGGGGAUUUGGGGAACCCCAAAACUUUGAAUAUUCAGGGCAGUUUGGGGUUUCAAGGGGAUUUUGGGAACCCCAAAAUUUUGGGGGCUUCUGGAGGGCUGGGGGUCUCCAACACCUCGGGUGUCCCCAAUGGCCUGAGUGACCCCAACAUCCAGAGUGACCCCAAUGCCCAGAAUGACACCAACACCUGGAGUGACCACAACGCCCUGAGUGACCCCAAAACCCUGAGUGACCCCAAUGCUCUGAACGCCCCCAAAACCCUGAGUGACCCCAAAACCUGGAGUGACCACAAUGACCCGAGUGACCCCAAAGCUUUGAGUGACCCAAAAGCCCAGAAUGACCCCAAAGCCUUGAGUGCCCCCCAUGCCCCACAUGACCCCAGUGCCCAGAGUGAUCCCAGCGCCCCGAACACCCCGAGUGCCCCCCACGCCCCCGGCGCCCCCCAGGCCCCCGCUGGCGCCCCCCCCUGGGCCCGGACCCUCUUUGUGCUCCCGGCCUUCGAGCUGCGGGGCUCGGGGCCGCGCCCCGGCUCCAAGGCGGAGCUGCUGCAGCUGUGGGGCGCGGGCGAGGCCCGGCCGUUCUAUGGGGCGCUGUGCCCGCGCUGCCAGGCCCCCACCGCCUUCGGCCGCUGGCGGGCGCUGCCCCCGGGCCCCCCGGGCGCCCCCCGGCUGCGCGUGGCCUACGAGGCGCCCUGGAGGGACCCCUGGGAGCCGUUCUACGUGGCCCCUGCCCACGGCGUGCCGCCCUUCGACGAGGGCUUCCUGCAGUACGGCUUCAACCGCAUCAGCCAGGCCUGCGAGCUGCACGUGGCCGGGUUCCGGUUCGCAGUGCUGGACGGGGCCUGGGUCACCCACCGGGGCUGGAAGGAGCCGGGCGGGUUCCACGCGGGGCGCGAGGCUGAGCUGGGCCGCAACCGGCAGCGCUUCCGGGAGUUCAAACGGGGACUCAAACUGAAAUAUCCUGACUCUGAACGACGCUGCUGAGCUCACCUGGGACACCUGAACACACCUGGGAACCCCUCAUAAACACCGGGGACAGCUGGUGACAGCUGGGACACACCUGACACACCUGAGGUUCCAUGAGGGGCAUGAGGCCGAGCUGGGCCUCAACCGGCAGCGCUUCCGGGAGUUCAAACGGGGACUCAAACUGAAAUAUCCUGACUCUGACCGACGCUGCUGAGCUCACCUGGGACACCUGAACACACCUGGGAACCCCUCAUAAACACCGGGGACAGCUGGUGACAGCUGGGACACACCUGACACACCUGAGGUUCCAUGAGGGGCAUGAGGCCGAGCUGGGCCUCAACCGGCAGCGCUUCCGGGAGUUCAAACGGGGACUCAAACUGAAAUAUCCUGACUCUGACCGACGCUGCUGAGCUCACCUGGGAAACCUGAACACACCUGGGACAGCUGAAGACCUUCCAAUGGACACCUGGGAACUGUCCAAUGGACAUUUCGGGACACACCUGGAGACACCUGAGGACCCUCCAGUGGACGUUUGGGGACACCUAACACAGCUGAGGACCUGCCAGGACAGCUGGGGACUCACCUAGGACACCUGGGGACCCUCCAUGGACAUUUGGGGACACCUGGGGACACCUGGACGCCCCGUGGACAUGGGCAUGACCGUCCCUCAGUAAACAUGGCCACCUACCCAUGA